GGUCUGCCAGAGAUCUCAAUAUAACUGCAGCCUUUCAACUUGUUGAGCUGCGUCAUUGUGAUUUUGAAAAUAGUAAUAGAUAUUAUCUGAUAUCAGGAAACACUGAGCAUUUUAAUCACUUAGUCUAUAUGAUCACACCUAUAACUGUGCAUUUCAGCAGUUUAUCAUUUCAGCUUUUUGUCAUGAUAAGCACAUCCUCAAACCUCUGGAAACUUCCUGUAAUUCAAGACGUACAACCGAAGUACAAUUUAAUGUAUACACGCACUGCAGUUAUUGAAGUCUUUACAGUCUGGAUUGGGCAACAUUCAGUUUAAGAGGGGCGUGUUUACUAGUUUUUCAUCGGAAUGUAGGCACCCACACUGGGGCUGAGCUUCAGGUGAACGCGACUGCACGCAAUCCUGAUGCACUGAACUCAUAUGAUUUCAGUUCACAUCAAUACAAACUAAAGCUUCAUUUACACAUUUCUGAUCAUCAAGGACGCCGGAUGUUUGACGGGUGAUGUCCACCGACUGACUGUAUGUGUCGUAGUAGGCCUACCUACGUCUGAGGACAGGUAAUGGCCAAUAUUAAAGCACCGUUACAUUCCCUCAAGGAAAACUAAUGGUUUCCUAAUAUGUGUGUGACUGCGAGGCUCAAGUAGACUUCACAGGAAGACAUCUGGAGAGAACAAAACACUUGAACUCUCGGCGCAAUCGUUUAUAAAGCAUAACAAGACCUUCUUCUUGAGAGGACGGACACUGGACCACAUGAAACUAAAGCGAGUCUGAUGUUUCUCUUCAUCUGAAACGGCACUUAGUAAUCUUGGAGAUGUGUCUUUGAUCUCUUAAAUAAUGCACGUGAGCGGAGACAACGUAAACAAAAAGUUAAUUAAUUAAUUAGAUCUUCUGCGUCAGUGCUGGAUUGUGUGGACAGGUCAUCUUCUGGUGGUUCAAACUCAUUUCUCUGGGUUCUUCGUCUGAGAGAUCUCCAGGAAAAUUUCCACUUCAUGAGAAGAGGAGAGGAAACUCUUCAAAAACAUGGAUGCUGAAAGGUUUCCCGAAUUCUUUGAUGAUAAAAACCACUGGGAACACACAGCUCAUGGUCUUUACUUUAUCAGAUGAGUCCGAUUUCAGACCUCGAGAGGAUUUAACGUUAUUGUGUGACACCUGAUGAACAAUGCAAAAGUCAAACAGGAAGCUGUCUCUGUGCAAGGCACUCAUCCUUGUAACAGUGCUCCUGUGUCCAGGUUGCCUGUCAUCUCAGUGGUCAUCCAGGAGAGUAGAGGUUGGAGAUGAUGGUCAAAAGAUCUGGAGCCAACUGCUUUUCAUGAAUGAGUGGGCGUCGUGGGGCGGCUGGUCCGAGUGCUCAAGCUCCUGUGGGGGAGGAGCCUCUGUUCGUACACGCUCAUGCAUCACCAGAAAUCUAGUGGGACGGGCGUGCCCAGGGGACACCAGGCAAUACAAGAUCUGCAACACAAAGGAGUGUGCGGCUGGCUCUCAGGACUUUAGAGAAAUGCAGUGUGAAGCUUUCAAUGACAGACCCUUAGUUGCUGGCAAAAGUUACCACUGGACAACCUUUCAUGGAGGUUCUGACCCCUGUGAGCUCAGCUGCCUAGCUCUUGGACACAAUUUCUACUACAACUUUGGGCAGGUCCUUGAUGGCACUCCUUGCCCAAUAGAACAGGGGGCUGUCUGUGUGAAUGGAAAGUGUCUGAAGCCAGGAUGUGACUUGAUCUUUGGAUCUCAGCAGCAGGAGGACGCCUGCAUGGUGUGUGGAGGCCACAACUCAACCUGCCUUCAUCACCGAAGCGUCUACCAGAGCAACGGGGUGAACAAUGCAGGACUGUUUGGGUACAGUGAGGUCACUAUGAUCCCGGCCGGAGCCACGCACAUCAGAGUGACUGAUAACAGCAGAAACUAUCUAGCCCUCCAAAAUGGUCGUUCUCAGUUUGUGAUCAAUGGGAACUGGAAGAUUAAUGUUCCAGGGGAGUACAGUGUGGCAGGAACCAAACUGCUGUACCGCCGUUCUGCUGAUACCUGGGAGAGUUUUGAAGUUCCAGGACCUACUCAGGAGGAUUUGCACAUUAUGGUAUUGUCCACUGAUAAGAACCCUGGGAUAGAAUAUGAGUAUUGGCUCCCUCCAGAUCGCUAUGCUCUGUACCAUGGGAGAAGUCAACUUCGGCAGCCUCACCACACAGCAGAAUUUCUGCCCUUUGGACCUCCAACAUCCAUUACCACAACUACUACCACAACUACUACCACAACUACUACCACAAGCACAACACCACAGCUAGUCACUAAACUUCCUUUCUGGGGUCCUGCUGGCCACUGGCCGUUUCAACCCCCCUAUCAGCAGCAGCCAGUUCCACGGUUGGAAAGAGACGAACACCGCAGGAAUCGGCUGCCUGAGAUACAUCGUAGAGGCCACUGUGGGAAAUGUUGGAGGGCACGGGGAAAAGGGGAGCGUCAGCGACAGUAUUGCCAAAAAGAUUUUGUGUUCAGAGCAAAAGUUCUGGAAAAAUUAUAUCAUGGUGAAGAAACCCGCUACGACAUCCAUAUCAUCCACACAUACCGCAACCGCUACCGUCUGGAGCAUCGUGAGUUCCUAUGGGCACCCAACAAAUGUGACUGUCCCCCCCUUGAGGAGGGCCACCAGUAUGUGUUAAUGCUGCGACGGCAUAUUAAUUACGAACACACUCUCAAUCGUAUUCUGAUAGAAGAGGACAGCUACGCUCAGCCAUAUCGAGCACGUGAGGAUAGCCUUCUUCGCCCCCUAGAGGAGCUCUGCGGUAAUAGAGGAACUAGAACUCCGUUCAGGGGAUAAACACACAUGGUGCCUUUUACACUACUUAACUGAACGCUUAUCCUGUUGUUCGACUCACAUGCUAAGAAACAAGGCAUGCAAAGACUGCAAAUCUUCUCUGACGCUGAAUUUAAAUAAGUGACGUGAAGUUUGCAUACCUUUAAAGGGACAAUGGAUAGUUUGUCAGGAUAAAUUAUGUCCAUGAGUACAUGAGGCAAGCCAAGGCAAAGAGAGUCACUAAAUGAAGCACUUUAGGUGGACAGUUUCACCUUCCUUUAAACCGUAUAUACAAAGUAAAUAUUAUACACAGAAUGUAUGAUGCUUUUUCUUGCACCGCAUGUUUGUUAAUGGCAUAAAAUUACUUGACAGCAUGUAUAUUUAUCAUAUUGUCAUUUAUCAUUGUGAAUUUUUUUUAUUUUUAUUAUAUGUAUUUAUAUGUCAAAGGUAUUUGUAGAUGAAACCUGCAUUUACAUAUAGCCUUAUCAUUUUAAAUGUUGUACCAUCUAUAUGUUUGCCACAGUGAAAAGUGUUUGAGAACUUCUGCUCUGUCACAUUAUAAGCUGUCAAAUAUAUUUUUACACACCUAAGAUAAGCAACAAAUACAUACACACAAACACACACACACACAUAUACAUAUAUAUACAUAUA